AUGAGUGACAAGAGGAUGGGAACACGGAAGGUGGGAUACGCCGAAGUUGCGAGUUGGAUGGCUCGUGAUGUCGACAACGAGACUCUCAUUUACCGACGAUUUGAUGAGCUAUCUAUCCGGAACCUCCUAUAUAUGCAGUCCGAGCUUGCCAGUCUUGAGUUUCAACUCAACAAAUUAGAUGAAGAGGACGCGGACCCCGACGAGGACAUAGAUUGGAUUGAUGUCGCGUGCGAUUGGGAGGAAAUGGAGAAACUCACAAAUCGGGCAGAAACCCAAGACUCUGAUGACGAAGAUUUUGUCACGAAAGCCCAAGUUCGCAUAAAACUCAUUAAAGAAAUACGCGAAAAGUUAAAAGAAUAUCACGAAACCUUGCUCCUCCAAAGCGAGAUAGCAAAGUUGAAGAGGCCUAAAAAACGGGUGUUUGAAGCAUUUGAGGCGUGGUUUACGAAACCGCCAAAACUAGGCGGAAAAGCGAAGAAGAUUCUCGACAACCCUAAUGAUCUUGUCGCACUGAAUCCGGCACAAGAAGCAGAUUAUCUAUCAGAGUAUCUGAGGCGGCACUGGCGAGUAAAAAAAGAGGGUGACCCCCAGGGUGUUUGCGUUGGGAGAUAUGAAGAAAAAUCCAUUACGAUCACAGUUGCCAGCAUAAGUAUCUUGACAGCUGCCACUCUUCUAGUCGGCUCAAUCGUGGGGCUUUACUUUGUCCAAAAUGACGCCGCCAAACUUGGGUUAAUAGCUCUCUUCACUGCGUUGUUUGCUUUGACUGUUGGUUUCACCACUACUGCCCGUCGGGCAGAGAUAUUUGCUGGCACUGCAGCUUAUGCGGCUGUUCUUGUGGUUUUUGUAAGUGGAGAUCUCUCCAGUUCACAAAAGCCAUAA